CUCAUUCCAUUUCCUCUCCAAAAAGCCUCUCUCUCUCUCUCUCUCUCUCUCUCUCUCUGCGCUAUGGCGAAAGCGGCGAAUUCCGACCGUUCAUCUGACGAAGUCCCAUCCAACGGUUCGAUCUCGUCCGACGAGGAGCAGAGGAACGGUGACAUGAAUCCGGAGGACGAUGAGGAGCUGGAAGCCGUGGCGAGGUCGGCGGGAUCCGAUGAAGACGAAGCCGCGGAGGAUUCGGCGUCAGCUGAUGACGAUGAUGCUGAAGGUGGUGCGAAAAGCGAUGACGAAGAUGAAGAUGAGGAUGAGGCUGAAAACCCAUCAGUGCGUCAAGUUGGAAAGCGUGAAAAGGCUCGGCUGAAGGAAAUGCAGAGGCUGAAGAAACAAAAAAUCCAGGAAAUCUUGGAUGCACAAAACGCUACCAUUGAUGCUGACAUGAACAACAAAGGCAAGGGGCGUUUGAACUAUCUCCUGCAACAGACCGAGAUAUUUGCUCAUUUUGCUAAAGGUGAUAAUUCUGCGAAGGAGAAGAAACCAAGGGGAAGGGGUCGCCAUGCAUCCAAACUGACAGAGGAGGAAGAAGAUGAAGAAUGCCUAAAGGAGGAAGAGGAUGGUUUUUCUGCUGCGGGAAGUACAAGACUGUUGACACAACCAUCUUGUAUACAGGGGAAGAUGAGGGAUUACCAACUAGCUGGAUUGAACUGGCUGAUACGUUUGUAUGAAAAUGGCAUUAAUGGAAUUCUCGCCGAUGAGAUGGGGCUUGGAAAAACAUUGCAAACCAUCUCCCUACUGGGUUAUUUGCGUGAGUUCAGAGGAAUUACUGGUCCCCAUAUGGUGGUGGCACCAAAAUCUACUCUUGGCAACUGGAUGAGGGAGAUUAGGCGCUUUUGUCCAGUUUUGCGUGCUGUAAAGUUUCUUGGAAAUCCAGAAGAAAGGAAAGAUAUACGUGACAAACAAUUGGUUGCUGGGAAGUUCGAUGUAUGUGUUACUAGUUAUGAAAUGGCUAUCAAAGAAAAAACUACACUACGCCGCUUCAGCUGGCGCUAUGUUAUUAUUGAUGAGGCCCAUCGGAUAAAAAAUGAAAAUUCUCUCCUUUCAAAAACUAUGAGACUCUACAACACCAAUUACCGACUUCUUAUCACCGGGACACCUCUUCAGAACAAUCUCCAUGAGCUAUGGUCUCUUCUUAAUUUUCUACUUCCAGAGAUAUUUAGUUCUGCUGAAACCUUUGAUGAAUGGUUCCAAAUAUCUGCUGAUAAUGAUCAGCACGAGGUUGUUCAACAACUUCAUAAGGUGCUCCGUCCAUUUCUCCUCCGAAGGUUAAAGUCUGAUGUUGAGAAAGGCUUACCUCCAAAGAAGGAGACAAUACUUAAGGUAGGAAUGUCCCAAAUGCAGAAGCAAUAUUACAGGGCUCUACUUCAGAAAGAUCUAGAGGUUGUUAAUGCUGGUGGGGAGCGGAAGCGUCUUUUAAAUAUUGCCAUGCAGCUACGUAAAUGUUGCAAUCAUCCAUAUCUGUUCCAAGGUGCUGAACCUGGUCCUCCGUAUACAACUGGAGAUCACCUUGUAACAAAUGCAGGCAAGAUGGUUCUUUUGGAUAAGUUGCUUCCGAAGCUAAAAGAACGUGAUUCCAGAGUUCUAAUAUUUUCGCAGAUGACUAGACUGCUUGACAUUCUGGAGGACUAUUUAAUGUUUCGUGGGUACCUGUACUGCCGGAUUGAUGGGAAUACUGGUGGAGAGGACCGUGAUGCUUCCAUUGAAACCUUUAACCAACCAGGAAGUGACAAGUUCAUCUUCUUGCUUUCAACUAGAGCAGGUGGUCUGGGUAUCAACCUUGCCACUGCGGAUGUUGUCAUUAUUUAUGAUAGUGAUUGGAACCCACAGAUGGAUUUGCAAGCACAGGACCGUGCCCACAGGAUUGGCCAAAAGAAAGAAGUUCAAGUUUUCCGUUUUUGUACAGAGUAUACCAUAGAGGAAAAAGUGAUUGAAAGGGCAUAUAAAAAGCUUGCCCUUGAUGCUUUAGUCAUUCAACAAGGUCGAUUGGCAGAGCAGAAAACUGUUAAUAAAGAUGAACUAUUGCAAAUGGUGAGAUUUGGUGCUGAGAUGGUUUUCAGUUCCAAGGACAGCACUAUUACAGAUGAAGAUAUUGAUAGAAUCAUAGCUAAAGGAGAAGAGGCAACCGCUGAGCUCGAUGCAAAAAUGAAGAAAUUUACAGAAGAUGCCAUCAAAUUCAAAAUGGAUGACACUGCUGAAUUGUAUGACUUUGAUGAUGAGAAGGAUGAUAGCAAGUUUGACUUUAAGAAACUUGUUAGUGAGAACUGGGUUGAACCAUCAAGAAGGGAACGGAAGCGCAACUAUUCGGAAUCUGAUUAUUUCAAGCAAGCAAUGCGCCAAGGCGGUCAAGCAAAGCAAAGGGAGCCAAGAAUUCCUCGCAUGCCUCAGUUGCAUGAUUUCCAGUUUUUUAACACACAAAGACUGAAUGAGCUAUAUGAGAAGGAAGUACGCUAUCUCAUGCAAAUUCAUCAAAAGAAUCAACUAAAAGACACGAUUGGAGAGGGGGAGGAACCUGAAGAAUUAGGGGACCCACUGACUGCAGAGGAACAGGAAGAAAGGGAGCUGUUACUAGAGGAGGGCUUCUCAUCAUGGACUAGGAGAGACUUCAACACUUUCAUCCGAGCAUGUGAGAAAUAUGGUCGAAAUGACAUAAAGGGCAUUGCUUCUGAAAUGGAAGGAAAAAAAGAAGCAGAAGUUGAAAGAUAUGCAAAAGUUUUCAGAGAAAGAUACAAAGAAUUAAAUGAUUAUGACAGGAUAAUCAAGAAUAUUGAGAGAGGAGAGGCAAGAAUCUCACGGAAAGAUGAGAUAAUGAAAGCCAUUGGGAAGAAGCUCGAUCGCUACAAGAAUCCAUGGUUAGAGCUAAAGAUUCAAUAUGGUCAAAACAAAGGGAAGUUGUACAAUGAAGAAUGUGAUCGUUUCAUGUUAUGCAUGGUCCACAAACUUGGAUAUGGGAAUUGGGAUGAGCUCAAGGCUGCCUUCCGCACAUCUCCCUUGUUUCGUUUCGAUUGGUUUGUGAAGUCGCGCACCACGCAAGAACUUGCUAGGCGUUGUGAUACUCUCAUUCGCUUGGUGGAGAGAGAAAAUCAAGAGUUUGAUGAGAGGGAGAGACAAGCACGGAAAGAUAAGAAACUUGCCAAGAAUCUGACACCAUCGAAGCGUGGGAUGACGAGAUCACCAGCCAUGGAGGUCCCUGUGUCUGGUUCUUUAAAGAAACGGAAGCAAUUGGUUAUGGAUGACUUUCUGAGCUCGGGAAGGAGGAGGAGAUGAUUUUAUGGUGGAAAAAAGAAGAAGCUUGUCUUACAAGGAAAUGUCUGAUGCCCUUCAAAGCCAGAUGCUAAUGGGGUUAGGUCAUCUGUAUCAGAUCUCCUUUUUGUGGGUUAACUUCGAAUCCCCUAACAUGACCUAUUAAGGUAAAGGUAAUACAAUGGUAGCAUCUUUAUGUUCUCCAUUUUGGGGUGCAGGCUGCAGCAACUCCUCUUUUGUACAGCCGUAGCCUGUUGCUAUUCAUACCGGGCAUUUCAUUUUAAUCCUCCCGCUCCAUUUUACUGUUGCACUGGAGUGGAUUUGCUCAGAGAUUGUUGUACUGACUAUUGAUUUUUGAGAGCCCUCCAAAUCUAGAUAUCUGUUCACUAUCAA